CUUCCCUCCCUCCUUCUCGCUCUCCUUCCCUCCUUCUUUCUCCUCGCUCGCUGGGAGCCACGGUCGGUGCCUCUUCUCCCUCCUCUCCUCUCCUCUCCUCUCCUUCCUCCGCCAUGCGCCGCUCGGAGCCCGGCCUGCUCCUCUUCCUCCCCUUCCUCGCCCUCGCCUCGGGCUCUCCCGGAGGGUCCCGCUCCGUCUACACCAACCACUGGGCCGUGCGAGUGUCGGGGGGCGCCCUGGAGGCGGAGCGCCUGGCCGCCGCCUAUGGAUACCUCAACCUCGGGCAGGUGAGGCGCAGAUUGGGAACUUGGAAGACUACUACCACUUUCAUCACAGCAAAACCAUUAAAAGGUCAACAUUCAGCAGCAGAGGGCCACACAACUUCCUCAGAAUGGACCCAAAGGUGAGAUGGCUGCAGCAGCAAGAGGUGAAACGAAGAGUCAAAAGACGCGUCCGACGCAACCCCAAUUUUGCUUCCUUCAAUGACCCACUUUGGCCUGAAAUGUGGUACAUGCAUUGUGAAGACAAUGACAGCGAAUGCAGGUCAGAAAUGAACAUCAUGGCAGCCUGGCAGCGGGGAUAUACUGGGAAAGAUGUCGUCGUAACCAUUCUCGAUGAUGGGAUUGAGAAAAAUCACCCAGAUCUUGUCCAGAACUAUGACCCUCGUGCAAGUUACGAUGUCAAUGGACAUGAUGAAGAUCCGACUCCCCGCUAUGAUGCCAGCAACGAAAACAAGCACGGUACACGUUGUGCUGGAGAAGUGGCAGCAUCAGCAAACAACUCGAACUGUAUUGUGGGAAUUGCAUACAAUGCAAGAAUUGGGGGCAUCCGUAUGUUGGAUGGCGAUGUGACAGAUAUCGUGGAAGCAAAGGCGAUUGGCACCAAACCAGAUUACAUCCACAUCUAUAGUGCGAGCUGGGGCCCGGAUGACGACGGCCGGACAGUGGAUGGCCCUGGACGUUUGGCCAAGGAGGCCUUUGAGAAAGGCAUUAAAGAGGGCCGUAAAGGACGCGGUUCCAUUUAUGUCUGGGCCUCUGGGAAUGGUGGCAGAGAAGGGGACCACUGCUCUUGCGAUGGGUACACCAACAGCAUCUACACCAUCUCCAUUAGCAGUACCACCGAGAAUGGGAACAAGCCCUGGUACCUGGAGGAAUGCGCCUCUACCAUUGCCACCACCUACAGCAGCGGUGCUUUCUAUGAGCGACAGAUUGUCACUACAGACCUGAGGAAGCGUUGCACAGAGGGCCACACCGGGACUUCCGUGUCGGCCCCCAUGGUGGCCGGAAUCAUCGCGCUGGCUCUGGAGGCCAACCCUUUGCUGACCUGGCGAGAUGUCCAGCACUUGCUCAUUAAAACAUCGCGGCCCGCACACCUUUUGGCCCCAGACUGGAAAACGAAUGGAGCUGGACGUCGAGUUAGCCAUUUGUAUGGGUUUGGCCUGGUGGAUGCAGAAGCUCUCGUGGUCGAAGCGAAGAAGUGGCAGACGGUCCCUGCCCAGCACAUUUGUGUGGGAACCUCCAAUAAAAAAUCAUGGUUCAUUCCUGCCAACAAGACAGUGCGGACUGCAACCGUAACCAACGCCUGUGCUGACCAGCUUGACCAUCAUGUGGCUUAUCUGGAACAUGUCAUUGUACGAGUUUCUAUUGCACACCCUCGGCGGGGAGACCUCCAGAUAAACCUAAUAUCUCCUUCUGGGACUAAAUCUCAACUCCUGGGAAGAAGGCAACAUGAUGAUUCCAGUGAAGGCUUUAAACAUUGGGAAUUCAUGACUGUCCACUGCUGGGGAGAAAAGGCAUCUGGAGAAUGGACACUGGAAGUCCAGGAUAAGCCCUAUCAUGUACGAAACCCAGAAAUGCAAGGGAAGUUAAAAGAAUGGAGCCUUAUUUUAUAUGGAACAGUUGAGCCCCCAUCCUCGAAUGUCAACUCCCAACACUCCAGGUCAAGGAUGAUGGAAAUGCCAUCAUCCGACAUGGAACCCUCAAAAGUUGCUUUCUUCCAAACGCAGAUGGAGAUGCAGGAGGAGGAAGAGGAAUAUACAGGUCCGUGCCAUGCGGAAUGUGGUGACCAAGAGUGCGACGGCCCCAAUGCUGACCAGUGCCUGAACUGUUUCCAUUAUAGCUUUGGAAGUCUUAAAGCCGGCAGAAAGUGUGUGAGUUCCUGUCCUUCUGGGUACUUUGGGGACAGCAUUCAGCGGAAAUGCCGCAGAUGCCACCGGAGCUGUGAAGCUUGCCUGGGGAGGAGCCAGAACUCGUGCACAGCUUGCAAGCAUGGCUUCUAUCAUCACCAAGAAACAAAUGCAUGCGUGAUGCUGUGUCCAGCUGGGUUUUACUCUGAGAUGGGUCAACGACGUUGUCAGAAAUGCCAUCCAAACUGUAAGAAGUGUAUUUGGGAGAUGGAUAGAUGCACCGUCUGCAAAGAUGGAUUCAGCCUCGUGGACAACAGCUGUGUUAUGGGAUGCAAAGCAGGCAUGUACUUGAUCAAGGAACCGGUGCGAUGUGAAAACUGCCGCUCAAACUGCCGGACAUGUACAGGGCCAGGGCGAGAGGACUGUACGCAGUGUGGCAGGAACACCCAUGACUGGAAAUGUGUCCCUUCAUGUGGGGAGAACUAUUAUGCUGACGAGGUGCCUGGACUCCCAUACAAAGUCUGCAGAAGUACGUUGCUCCCCAUCCUGGGACCUUCCCGCCGCCUCGAAAGCUCUGACGAUUCCACCCUUCGAUCAAAGAGCUCUGUAUCAUCAAAUCUGACUUUGCUGAGCUUCGACUGGACCUGGCCUUCAUCAAGAUGUGAAAACAACUGUACAAGCUGUGAUAGCUUUGGGAAAAAAUGUCUCCAGUGUAAAGAAGGCUUCAGCUUGUUCAAUGGCUCUUGUGUUGCAAAUGACAGAUGCCGCAAUACCGAUGACCUCUUCUGCGAGUUGGUGAAGUCAAACAAGCUGUGUGAGCGCAAGAUCUUAUUCCAGUUUUGCUGUCGGACAUGCCUCUUGACCGGUUAAAUACCCGCUCUUUGGAGACCUGGUUGCUGAUGGGACCGGACACUGCUGCUCCCUUUUCCCCCGCAGCUUCGGCUGAAGCUCCAGCUUGCAACUCCGAUUGCUUUCAAUACCCCCUGCCAGCUUCAGCUUGGUUUCUACAGUGUCCCAUCUGGCAAUCCUAAAUCCAGGCCAUCUUAUUACCUGGCUCAUUGAGUUUCUAAAAGGCAGGAAAACAUAGUAGGGAUGCAAAUUGCACCAUGAAUCUUUCUCAGAAAUGGAUACAGAGGCGUUGUCUUAAUGCAUGGCCAUCAACCUCUCCAAACCAGAGGAGAGUGUUCCUCCCACCAGAAAAAGAAAAGAUGGCAAUAUUUCAAGGUGGCUUAUGAAUUCCUCGGACUGGUUUUGCUAGAGUUGCAUUCUCUCGCUAUCCGAUGCAGCUCCUUUUGGCAAAAUUACAAUGGGAAAUAAGCACAUUCCAGGUUGCCUUUGAGUAGCAAGGUGGCCUUAAGCUUGUAUUUUGGCAAAGACCAAAGAGUGAGCAGGAAAGAAGUCAGGAGCGCUCUUCAUUUAUCCCAAAGCAUACAUGGAGUUGUUUCGAGGAGCUAACUUCUAAGUGAUUGCUGGGUUGCUGUGAGUUUUCCGGGCUGUAUGGCCAUGUUCCAGAAGCAUUCUUUCCUGACGUUUUGCCCACAUCUAAAUGAUCCAUUGUGACGUUUAGGGACAGCGUUGUCCUGAAAGAUUGGAUUGGAAGCCUGUAUGAAAUCACUGGCAACGAAUGCAUCUCUUGACUGAAUAGUUUCCUCUCUCCAGCAACAAAAUGUUUGCAUCUCCCCUCAUGUUUAGUUCUUGAUUGAUUCAUGGCUUCAUUUUUCUACCUCCUAAAGCCUUUUUCCUUUAAGAAUAGUUCCAUUACUUCAGUCAGCAAACUUUUUACAAAAUUUUCCAUUUAGCCAACGAGGAAAGGACGAAAACAACCCCUAGACGGCAUUACCCAACCCAUCUGAAUGUAUUCACUCCAUAUACAUUAUAGAUAUACACACACAUAUAUACAUACAUAUAAUAUAAUAUAUAUAUUUUAUAGUUUUGUCAUGUGGCGUUCAUAUAAUUGUGUUAAAAUAUAUCGGGCAAUGUUGUCUUACAGGUUUUUUAACUUAUGCAGUCAUUGCCUUUCUUAAAUUUUUUUGGACAAAGCAGAUUUUUUAUAUCUCAAGGUGCCACCAAAACCCUUUCAGUGACAUCUUUGUUAAGCUUCCUACGAAAAACGUCUCCUUGUUGGUCCUCAGACAUGUGUAAACAAGAGCGGAUUCACAUCGUCGGCUAUCUUAAUAAGUUCAACCUCCAGCCCGUGAAAUUGGCAGUCAAACAUUAAUUGGCUCUUCACAAAGUGGGCUUCUAACCUCUCUUUUCUCGGGCUAAAAUUAACCGCUUUUGGAGCCACGCUCCCUCAAACUGGGCCAAAUGAAUAGUGAAAGCGGACAGUCUUUCAGGUCACUGGAACGGAAAUCGGCAAGGUGACCAGAACAUGAAUAAAAUGUUUGUAAUCCCAAUGAGCUACUCUGUACCAUUUUUUCCCCAACCAACCAAAGUAAAUUGUUUUAUUUUGCUAUGAAGAAUAA